GAGAAAACUCCUCGCGACUUCAAUCUCUACGCCGAUUAUCUCUGCGACUUCCUGACACUGCUGAGAGCUCGCCGAGCAAAAUUGCAGUUUUGGGAGAAAAAGAAACUUAUUGAUGAUCCUAUGAAAAAGAAAGUUGCCAGCAUAUACAGGAGGGCGGCUGAUCGAUUUCAGGGUGAUAUGCGAUUAUGGGAAAAGCUCAUACACUUUCUGGAUGAGAAUUCAAUGCGUCGUGAAUUAGCGGUUGCGUACACAAGAGCUCUACAGAUACAUGGAAAGAACGAAAAACUCCGAAGAGAUUUCGCUCUUUGGCAGUUCUUUCUCUGGUGCAAGUCCACAGAA